UCUCCCAUACCAUUGUAAUUAAGUUGGGGGAAGUAGGCAGAGCGUUAUCAACGGAAAUCAGCAUACCACUGCAGGAAUUCCCAAGUUACUGUGAUUGGGUCCAGGAUGAGCGGGUGGAGUUAUAAAUUACAGAAAACCUACCUGAAGCUGUGUGGUCUCCUUUGGGAACCAAGGGAAAGCUCUUCUUCCUGCUUGGCUUCUACCUUUAACCCGUGGGAAUAUCCCCUGAUACAUCAAAACUACAAUCCAGACCCAAGAGAGCAAGGACAAGAAAAAGGUCAAGAUGGGGUUUAUAUUUUCAAAAUCUAUGAAUGAGAACAUGAAAAGCCAGCAGGAGUUCAUGCUUAUGAAUGCCCGACUUCAGCUGGAAAGGCAGCUAAUGAUGCAGAAUGAAACGAGAGAAAGACAAAUGGCUAUGCAGAUUGCUUGGUCUCGGGAAUUCCUCAAAUAUUUUGGAACUUUUUUUGGCAUUGCAGCCGUCUCUUUAACAGCUGGAGCAAUUAAAAAGAAGAAGCCUGCCUUUCUCUUCCCUAUCGUUCCAUUAGGCUUUGUCCUUGCCUACCAGUAUGACAUGGGCUACGGGACCCUUAUACAAAGAAUGAAAGGUGAAGCCGAGAACAUACUGGAAACAGAAAAGAGUAAGUUGCAGCUGCCAAAAGGAAUGAUCACUUUUGAAAACCUUGAAAAGGCAAGAAGGGAACAGAGUAAAUUCUUCAUAGACAAAUGAAAUCAUGUUUACCCACCAAAUCUCAAAAUACAGAAUUGUUGACUUGAAUCAUGGCCUUUACAAUUUUUUAAAUGCUUGAGAUUUUGAUAUAAUGGUUUUUAUUUUAAAAUAAUAAAAUUUAAGAUGAACUUUGUUAAAUUAUUUUAAAAUAAAAUGUAUAACAUUCAACACAAAAUCAUGGAGGUACUCUACUUUCAGAUUUCCUCUAUAUGUGUGUGUAUCACAAACAUCUAAAUGUAAAAUUAAUAAACUAUAUUUUUUUGA